UAUAAGAUUCUAUUAAUUUAUAUGAUGGAACUCGAACACGGAUGAUGAAUAAAGUGUCAGUGUUAAAAUUAUAAAAAUGUGUAUUAUUUUGAUAUAAAAGUGUGGAAAAAGUUAAUUAUGGUUGUUUGCUGAUUGUAAUUUUAUUAUACACGUGCGGUGAUUCUGCGCAAACGCAACUGCGACCGAGUUCUGCUCAUUGUUGUGUUGAGUGUUGAGCGGCGCUCGUUCUGAGUGUUCUGAAAAUUAGAGAAAAAUGGGCAAAAUUCAUCAAGUGCACACUGCUAUAUCAUGUUCGCUAUCAUCAAUCCUUACGGGUUCGCUGUACGUAUGGCCUUCAUACACAAUGGGCCUGUAUACAGCGAACGACACAAAACUGCUAGUGACACCUAUGGCUGACACGGAGAGUUCAUUGCUAGGCAGCUUGCCGUCGCUGGGAGCUAUGCUGGGGACUGCGUUAGUGGGCAUCGUGAUAAGCAACUUGGGAAGACAGAAAGGCGGCAUGCUAUUAGCUCUGCCGUUUGUGCUAUCGUGGCUGAUCAUAGAUAUGUCUUCAUCGACUUUGAUGAUCUUGAUCGCGAGGUUCAUCGGAGGCAUCGGCUGCGGCGCGGUGCUCGUCUACGCACCAAUGUUUAUAUCAGAAGUCGCCGAGGAAUCCAUCAGAGGGACGCUUGCAUCAGUGCCAAUGGCGUGUUACUGCAUGGGUCUCCAAUUGUCGUACAUCCUGGGCUGGUGCCUCUCCUACCGAUACGUCCUGUGGGUGAACCUGGCGCUCAGCAUCCUCAACCUGGCCAUGCUGAUGACUAUCACUGAGAGUCCUGUCUUCUUGAUGCGACAGAACAGAGAAGAGGAUGCAAAGUUGGCAAUCGCUCACUAUAGAGGCGAGUCUCCGGGGUCCAAAGUGGUGUUGGAGGAGGUGUCUCGCCUUAAACAACUACUGACGCCUGCUGUCGAACUGCAGCCGUUAAAUACAGAGGAAACGACAAAGGCGGACGAAGCAGAAAAAGAGAAACUGAACAUAGAAGACGACAUCCCGAACGUGCAGACUAAACCCUCUGCUAUUAAAAUGUUAUAUCGGUCACCGUCAUCACGUCGGGGUUUCAUUGUGGUCGGCUUAUUGUUGUCUGUGCAAGUGAUGAUGGGUCUGGUGGCAGUGCAGGUGUAUGCUAAGCAGAUCUUCACGCAGGCCGCUCCCUCGCUCUCCUCGCAUCUCUGCUCUGUCAUCUUCGCGCUCGUCGUCCUCCUUGGAAGCCUGUUCAGUCUCGUAGCUACUGACAAGUUCGGCAGAAAGAUUUUGAUAAUAAUAUCGUCGUCGAGCGUGGCGCUAUGCCUAUGCGUGAUGGGAGCGUUCCUGCAGACGGGCGUGGUGCCGGCCUGGGUGCCCGCGCUUCUCAUCCUCGUCUACUGCUUCUUCUUUAUGUUCGGAGCUGGCAGCGUGCCCUACGUCCUCCUCUCUGAGUGCUUCGUACCUGAUGUACAAAGUCUCGCGUCCACUCUCCUCAUGGAGUGGGUGUGGCUUCUCAACUUCUUCAUCGUGGCCAUCUUCCCCUUCCUCAUCAAGUACUUCGGCAUCCACGGCUCCUUCUACGUGUUUGCGAUCUUCGCCACCAUCAACAGCUUGGUCGGAAUCUUCCUGUUACCUGAAACUAAGGGUCUAACUAAUGAUCAAAUUCAAGAAGCUUUAUUGAGGCGAAAGAAAUAAAUAUAUAAUUAGUUAUUAAAACUGUUGUACAUUUCAAAUGUUAGUUUCUAAGUUGUUGUUCAUAUUGUAAAUAACUCAUCGAUUUCGUAUUUGCUUUAAACCUACUUUUAUUUCUCUUUCUUACUGUCAUUUUCUGUAAUCUCACAUCUUUAAAAUAAGAUCUAUUUCAGGCUGUUAUUUUUAUUAAGGCGGUAUCACACAUGUCUAUAACAAAUUCAUGCGUUGCAAGUGACUUGCACGUGAUAGCUACUAGCAUGUGUAAAUGGUCACUGUCAUGCCAGUAACUAACGCAAGUAUUUAGUUCAUUAUGCCAGG